AUGCACACCUCCCGGCUCUCCAACGACAUCACACGCAAGUCCUUCUGGGCCCAGCGCCUCCAAGCUGUAGAGGCCGCACCAGAUGCACCCCUCUUCUUUGACAAGCUUGAUGGCACCCCUUCCACCCACCGCCCCGCCGCCGUCGGGCAGGAAGGGUACACCCGCACCAAGGCCGUCAUGGCUGUGGAUACGGGAAACCUCCAGGAGGCUGCUUCAAUGCAUAACCUCUCCGAGGACACCCUCGUCCUCGCCGCAUGGGCCGUCCUUCUCCGGUCCUACGCCGGCGAGGAUGGACCAGUCAGCUUCGGCGUCUGUCUCGACCGUGAGCAGGCUGCCUGGCUGUCAACCAUGGCCAUGUCUCGCGAUGAUGGACUCAUCGGCGUCAUGCGCGCCGCCGAACAGGACAUGAAGUUGACCAUGGGCCACACUCUACCUUUCCACUCGCUCGGAGCCUUCGCCGACGGUACCGGCUUUGGCACUAUCGCAACUGCCAUCCACCUCCAUUCAAGGAAGCCGAGGUUUCCCGACAUGCAUUUUCCUUCUCUGGCAACUGCAUUCGUCAACGUCGCGGAGGGCACAAUGGUGCAUGUUCACCUGUCCUACCGCCGGGAUGCCAUGUCUGGUGAGCGGGCACAGAGUGUUGUCGACAACUUUGCCCACGUGCUCAACACUUUGACGCUGAAGCUUCGCACGGUUGGCCGUAUUGACGCCGACGACCUGCUUGUCAAGUCGAUCGACACUGUCAGCCGUAACGAGUACAACCGCAUUGUCCAGUUCAGCGCCCCGCUCCCCCCGAAGCUCGAUAAUUGCGUUCAUGACCUCAUUCUAGCGAGGUGCGCGAAGCCAGAAAACGCGAACAAAAUCGCCGUCGCCGCUUGGGAUGGAAGCUUCACCUACGCCGAGCUUGCUCAGCAGGCUUUCCGCCUCGCUGGUGCCAUCGCCGGCGCGGCGUACCACCUCAAUGCUCGGGCUAACGGACAGCAACUUUUUGUCCCCUUUUACCUGACCAAGUCGAAGUGGACGCCAGUUGCUCUUCUCGGCAUCCUCGCAGCUGGUGGUGCCUGUGUUCCACUUGAACCCAGCCACCCCGCUGCUCGUCGCAAUGACAUUCUGGGCCAGCUCAAAUCCCCCAUUGUGCUGACCAACGCCGGCCUCCAUGAUACCCUCGCGAAAAGCCUGGACCAGCAAACCCCCGUUCGCCACCUGAUUUGCGUCGACUUGGACCAUGAUCCCACGGCUGCCGCCCCUCUCCCCCACGUCCAGCCGGAUCACCUCUGCUAUGUCAUCUUCACGAGCGGCAGCACUGGGUCUCCCAAGGGUGUCAAGUGGGAACAUAGCACCUUGGCGACUAGCGUCUGGGAGCACGGGCGCGAGUUCCACAUGAACGAGCGUACCCGGGUUCUCCAGUUUGCGUCUCACGUUUUCGACGUUUCCGUGGUCGAGCUUAUCACGCCUCUUGUUCAUGGCGGCUGCAUGGUCAUCCCAUCGGAUAAUGACCGUAUCGAGCCAAAAAGGCUGACCAGGUUUAUGGAAAGCAUGGGCGUUAACUGUGCACUCUUCGCCGCGUCCUUUGCUCGCCUUCUGAGCCCGGCGGCUCUCCCAACGCUCCGGACCCUCAUUCUUGGCGGCGAGUCGAUCGGCCAGGAGAACAUCGAUAAGUGGACUCCGGCACUGGACCGUUUCAUCAUCGGUUACGGUUCUGCCGAGACCUGCAUCAACUGCGCAAAGAACGAGUUCUCCGUCAAGACCCAAGCCAAGAAGCCCUGGAAGGAGUCCCUUGGACAUGCGAUCGGUGGGCGCAUGCUCAUUGCCGACCGCUAUGACAGCGACAGGCUCGCCCCCAUCGGCGCUGUUGGCGAGAUCAUCGUCGAGGGGCCCAUCUUAGCCCAGGGCUACCUCAAUGACGAGGCCAAGACUUCCAAGUCGUUCAUCCAGAACCCGGCUUGGGCUCGCAAGACGCCUUCCUUCUCGGCCAACUCCAAGCGCCGGUUCUACCGGACCGGUGAUCUCGGUCGCCAGGCCAUGGAUGGAUCCAUCGCCUUCGCGGGGCGAGCCGACUUUCAGGUCAAGAUCCGCGGCCAGCGCAUGGAAUUGGACGAGGUUCGCUUCCACGUCGUCAAGGCCAUGCCAUCGGCCGUCGAUGUCCAUGUUGAUGUGAUCAGCCCCGUCGGGGAUAAAAUGCUUGCCGCUUUCCUUUCUUUUGGGACAACCAGCGACCUUGAACAAGGGGUACAGAUUCACCCUAUUGAUGAGGCUCAAGCGGCUGCGUUGCGCAGCAUGAAGGACGCCCUUCGUGGGAAUCUCCCCGCGGCGGCGGUUCCUAGCUUCUUCAUUCCGAUUGCCAGUCUCCCCUACCUGGUUUCUGGGAAAGUUGACCGCAGACGACUAUUGGACUUUGCCAACAAGUCAACCAUCAAGGAGCUCUCUUCCUACUCCAACUUCAAAGCGCAGCCGACUCCCAUCGCCACCGCCACCGCUCCCGCUGCGAGGAAACAAACUCCUUCCACACCUCUUACCGCAAAUGAGAAGAUUCUUGUCUCCUGCUGCAGAGAAGUUUUGAAGUCCCCAGCAUUCGGGCCGGAAGACAACUUCUUGAUGUCUGGCGGUGACUCUAUUUCGGCGAUCAAGGUGGCCUCGGCUGCUCGUGAUCUUGGGAUUAGCGUCACCGUCACUGAGAUCUUCAACGCCCCAACCAUCCGCGCCUUGGCCCAGGCAACUCCACGUGCGGAAAGCUCGGUUCGGGACGAGGAAAUUGACAUUCCUGUCGCCCUUAGCCUUCUCCCGAGUGAUUUGGUCGACGAAAUUGUUCUGGACGUAAAGGCCCGAAGCCCGCCACCGGACAAGGUCUUGGACGUGUACCCCUGCACUCCGCUCCAGGGUGCUCUCAUCACCGCCUCUACGAUGCGCAUCGAUGCUUAUAUCGCACGCCACACGCUGGAGCUUCCCUCUUCGGUCGACAUCAACCGCUUCAAGGCCGCCUGGGCUGCGGUGAUCCGCCGCCACGACAUUUUGAGGACUCGAAUCUUUGAAGGCCAGCACGGCGUUGUUCAAGUCGUUUACGACUCUGAGCUUGCAUGGCACACCGGGCCUGACCUCGCAGCCUACUGCGAGCAAGACAGGUCUCUUCCCAUGAGCUAUGGGGACAACCUCGUAAGACUAGGCUUGGUCGGCCGAACCUUCAUGUUCACCAUACACCACUCUCUCUUUGACGGGUGGUCAAUCACGCGCCUAUUUGAGGAUGUGGAACGGGAGUAUGCCGGCCUUGAGGCUCUCGAGGUUUACCAACACAAUUUGUACAUCCGACACCUGUCUCGGCUCGAUUCAGAAACACCCAAGGAAUUCUGGACCACCAAGUUGGCAUCGGAUGGUGGACUGGCCGCUAGCCACUUCCCCCAGUCUAUCGGUUCAGCAUACACACCGGUGCCUGACUGCGAGGUGAAGAUGAAGCUGGCGGUGGCCGACAACACCAAGUCCGAGUUCACCAUGCCAACACGCAUUCGUGCUGCUUGGGCCCUUCUUGUGGGCCGUUACAUCGAUUCACAAGACGUUGUAUUUGGCGAGACCUUUUCUGGUCGUUCUUCGAGCUUGAAGAAUGUCGGUUUUAUCGCUGGCCCGACCAUCUCCACCGCUCCUGUGCGCAUCACCUGGGACAGGGCCGAGUCGAUCGACACUCUCCUCCGUCGCGUUCAGGGAGAUUUGCUACAGUUUGAUGCUUACGGACACAUCGGUAUCCAAGCUAUUUCGAAGCUCAGCUCGUCCGCUGCCGAGGCUUGCCAGUUCCAGCACCUCGUGGUCAUCCAGCCGAAGCGGUCAUCCUUGCUGUCAAACGGGGAUGAGAAGCUGAAGUCUGAGAUAGGGUUCCAAAAUGUGUCUCUGGACCUGAGAGGUUACCACAGCUACGCCCUCAACAUGGACUUCACGCUGGAGGACGAUGGUGUCACUGUCACCACCACUUUCGAUUCUACCGUAUUCAACAAGCAGCAGAUCCAAUACCUGCAGGCCCAGUUCGGGCAUGUGCUCAACCAGGUCUGCCGUGCGCAAGACCUUGCCAAGCAGACCAUUGGCAACAUUGACUACGCGUCAAAGAAGGACCGAGAGCUGCAGAUCAAGAACAACCGCCGCCAUAAGAUGCAAUACGAACAAACGACCCUCCUCCAGGCUUUGGAACGCCACGUCGCCAACCAGCCGACAGCUCCCGCGGUUUAUGCAUGGGAUGGCUCGCUCAACUACCGUGAGCUUGACCGCGGCACGACUGCACUUGCAAACCACCUCACCGCCCUCGGGAUUCGGAAGGGUGAUUACGUCCCCUACUGUUUCCCCAAAUCCGUGUGGGCCACCGUCUCCAUCCUCGGUGCGAUCAAGAUCGGCGCCAUUGCAGUUGCUCUCGAGCCUUCGUACCCGGAUUCCAGCAUCCUGAAGGUCUUGUCCCUGGUAAAGCCGAAGGUGGUGCUUUGCGCCCCUACUUUUUUCUCUAGGAUCAAGUCCAUGGGCUUCCGACCGUUCGCCGUCGAGGAGAACUCCAUCCGCAGCAUCUCCCAGCGGGCGGUUAAGAAGCGCUACUCCGUGCAGCCCACUGACGUGGCUUUCGUUGUGUUCACCUCCGGUUCAACCGGCGAGCCCAAGGGCAUCGUCCUGGAACACAGCGCUGUCGCCAUCAUGGGGAAGCAGAACGGUGAGGUGAUGGCUAUCGACAACAACUCCCGGAUUUUGCAGUUCGCCGCCUACGUGUUCGAUGUCAGCAUCGGAGACCUCGCCGUUUCCCUUUACUGGGGAGCUUGCCUCUGCGUCGCAUCCGAUCACGACCGGAUGAACAACCUCGCCUCCGCUAUUAACAGACUCCGUGUCAACCGCGCUUGGCUGACGCCCACGGUUGCUUCUCUGAUUUCCCCUGCUGAGUGUCCAAACUUGACAUGGCUCUCGGUUGGUGGCGAGCAGCUCAACCAGGCAUGCAAGGACAUCUGGGAGGGGGUCCCGCUAGUCAACGUCUAUGGGCCGGCCGAGGUCACCAAUUUGGGAACCUACGUCAAGGUCUCGCGGGACCUGCCCAUCACCAACGUCGGCCACGCUAACGGCAUCCGCGUUUGGGUUUGCGAAUCCGGCAACCCUAAGCAGCUCGCCCCUGUUGGAUGCAUCGGCGAGAUCGUGUUUGAGGGACCCAAUACCAGCCGAGGAUACCUCAACAAUGCUAAGCUGACCGACGCCGCGUUCCCCCAAAUUCCUUCCUGGGUUUCCGGCGAAGGCUCCAAGCCGGUACGCAUGUACCGCACCGGCGACCUUGCCCGGAUAAACGUCGACGGGUCCAUCGACUUCCAGGGACGUAGGGACACCCAAAUCAAGCUGCGCGGCCAACGCCUCGAAAUCACAGCUAUUGAGACAGCGCUCCGAGCGUCAAUCGACGAACCGGCCGAGCUUGCCAUCGACGUGCUUGACCGCACUAGCGUCGGCCGUGACGCCUUCCUCAUCGCUUUUCUCCACCUCCCCCAAAGACUCCCGGCACAGGCUGACCCUGCAGCAGGUGUCUUCUCCACGAUCAACAUCAAGUCCCUGGUUGCCGAGAUUCGCUCGAGGUUGGCCCAGACCCUCCCGCCGCAUAUGCUUCCGACUCUGUUCAUUCCGCUGAACCGGCUCCCCAAGUUGGUGUCGGGGAAGAUCGACAGGAAGACUCUUCGCCUCGCCGCUGCCAAGCUGACGGAUGAGGCGAUGGGGGCUUACAAGUCGGACCAGAGCGCGGAGAAGCGGCAACCUUCGACCCAAGAAGAGGCCGUGAUGCAGACCUUGUGGGCUAAGGUCCUCCGUCUUCGCGAGGCCGAGAUUGGAGUGGAUGACAACUUCGUCACCUUGGGCGGUGACUCGAUCACUGCUAUCAAAAUCGUGGCUCAGGCGAGGGCACUCGGCAUCACUGUCUCUGUUGCCUCCAUUUUCCAGCAUGGCACGAUUACCAGCCUCUGCGGGUCAAUGGGAAAGUCAACAAAGAUCAGCGAGGCGGUUGCCGCUGCUCCCCGCCCGAGAUUCCAGCACCCGCACCUUACAGAUAUCGCUCUCCAAUGCGGUAUCCCCGAGGAGGAUAUCGAGGACAUUUUCCCAACCACGGCCCUCCAAGACGGGAUGGUGAUGCUCACGGAAAAGAACCCCACGGCAUACAUCGCCCACCAUGUCAUGCAACUGCCCAGCUGGGUUGAUGUCUCACUCUUCUCCCGCGCUUGGCAGACCGUCACGGAUGAGAACCCCAUCAUGAGGACAAGGAUCGUUCCCUCCGGGUUGCAGGUUACGCUCCACGCCGCUCCCAUUCAAUGGGCCACCCCGCGGUCGAACGACUUGCAUGCCUACAUCCAAGGCCUCCGCCAGCAGAAGAUGGGUUUCGGAACCCAGUUGACACAACACGCCAUCCUGCAGAACCCCACUCGCUUUGUCUUCACGGCUCAUCAUUCUGUUUACGAUGGCUGGUCGAUGGGUCUGCUUGCCGAUGCCGUCACACGGGCUUACAAAAAGCUUGCUGGCAUGCCAACCACCCCGAACAAGGACCAGGGCCCUAAGAUCAACUUCCACUCCUUUGUUGACUACAUUGGGACCAUCGACAAGACAGAGGCCAGUGAAUUCUGGCGAAACCAGCUCGAUGGCGCUGACCCGGCUGCCUUCCCUCCCUCGCUGCCAUCUUCCUACCAGCCGCUGGCCAAUGCCCUCCUGGAGCGGAAGAUCCCAUUCCCCAGAAUGCAGAAGUCCACCUCGACCACCUCCACCCUCAUUCGCACCGCUUGGGCUCUCCUCAUCUCGGCUUACUCCGGUUCCCACUCCGAUGUCGUCUUUGGUGCUUCAGUCACUGGCCGCAGCGCCCCGCUGGAUGGCGUCCUCUCCCUGGUUGGGCCGACUCUCGCGACCGUGCCAUUCCGAGUUCCCCUGAACUGGGACGAGUCAGUCAAGGCCCUCUUGAACCGCGUCCAAAUGCAGUCUUUUGCUAUGCUCGAGUAUGAGCAAUACGGACUGCAGAAUAUCAAGAAGGCGGCGCCUUCUGCUGCGGCUGCCUGUGACUUCCAGAGUCUGCUAGUGGUGCACACCGAGUACGACGGCGCCGGCCCCAAGGACCAGCUGGCCUGGAGCUCAGAGCGCGCAACCUCUGACUUCCUCACCAACGCGUUGACCCUCGAGUGCCAACCCAUGGGCUCCCAGAUGCUGUUGACUGCUUCCUACGACUCCUCCAUCAUGGAUGAGAGGCAGAUGACGCGGAUGCUCGCCACAUUUGACCACAUCCUGCGCCAGCUCUGCCAAGGCGAGUUCAACAACAAUCUCCGCCUUCAGGACAUCGACACCGUCAGCCCCGGCGACCGGGCCGAGAUUGCCAGCAUCACCAAGACGCUCCCCCUUCUUCUCAACGACCGCGUCCACGACAUGUUUGCCCGGCAAGCCGCCGCCACUCCAAACGCCGUUGCGGUGUCCGCUUGGGACGGAGACCUCACUUAUCGGGCUUUGGACGACUUGUCCAACACACUUGCCCGCCACCUCCAGUCCCUCGGUGUCGGCCCCGAGUGCUUUGUGCCCUUUGCUUUUGAGAAGUCUAAGUGGGUUCCGGUCACUCAGAUGGCCAUUCUCAAGGCCGGCGGCGCCUGCGUUCCCGUCGAUCCAUCGCAGCCCCUGGACCGUCUGCAAAGCAUCAUUGGCACCCUCGACGCCAAGCUCAUCGUGACCUCCGCCUUGCAUGCCAACCUGCUGGUGUCCUGCACCCAAGUCCAGCACUUUGUUUCGGUCUCCCAGGAGAUGGUCGACCGCCUGCCGCGCCACGGUGGCCCUGCCGUCAACCCGCAGACCUCGCCCAGCUCUGCUUGCUACGCCAUCUUUACUAGCGGUAGCACCGGUACCCCCAAGGGGGUUGUCUGGGAGCACGCCACCCUGUGCAGCAGCAUGGCCGAGCACGGUGUCGCAUUCAACUACUCGACCGACACCCGCGUGCUGCAGUUCUCCUCCCACACCUUCGACGUUAGCGUCUCGGAGCUGUUGACCACGCUUGUCUUCGGCGGCUGCAUCUGCAUCCCCGACGACUUCACGCGUCUGAACGGCAUCGCCGGCUUCAUGAACGAGAAGCGCGUCAACUGGACCUUCUUCGCUCCGUCUUUCGCCCGCCUCAUGGACCCGGCCACGGUCCCUGGUCUCAAGACCAUCGUCCUUGGCGGCGAGGCCCCCGGCAAAGAUAACAUUGAGAGGUGGUCUGGCCGCCCUGGGCUUGAGCUCAUCGUGACCUACGGUCCGGCCGAGAGCUGCAUCUACUGCGCCAAGAACAGCGUCAGUGGUCCGCAGAUCGAUGGUAGCAUCGGCCACUCGAUCGGCGGCAUGAUGUGGGUUGCCGAUCUCGGCCGCCCGACGGAGCUUGCUCCGAUCGGCUCCGUGGGCGAGAUUGUCGUCGAAGGUAGCAUUCUCGCCAGAGGAUAUCUCAAGGACCAGGCGAAGACAGCUGCUUCAUUCCGCCCGAUGCCCGCCAAGUGGGCUAACGGCCGCAGCUCUCGGGUGUACUACACCGGUGACCUCGGCCGCGUCAACUCUGACGGCACGAUCAGCUGCUUGGGGCGCAGAGAUGACCAGGUGAAGAUCCGCGGUCAGCGCGUCGAGCUUCCGGACAUCGAGUACCACCUCCGCAAGGACGAGCGCGUUCGCCAGGCGCUUGUCCUCUACCCGCGCUCCGGCCCUUGUGCCAACCACUUGGUUGGAGUUCUAUCAAUGGUCCAGGAGAAGGCUUCCACCGGCCCCGCCUCGUCAACCGACAUCACCAUCGCCAAUCCCGAGGACUGGGUCAAGAUUCCGGAUGUUCAGGACACCUUGUCCCAGAAGGUCCCGGUUUACAUGAUCCCUGCCAUCUGGAUCGUCCUCAACUCCAUCCCACUCAUGCCCGCCUCUCAGAAGGUUAACAAGAAGAUGGUGAGCGAGUGGACCAAGGCCAUGGACCAUGCUACCUACGAGCAGAUUGCCAGCCGCUCUGCCGGCGGCAGCUCAGACGAACUUCCUGUUAUGAACACCGCCCUGGAGGAACAAGUCCGCAACAUCUGGAGCGACAUCCUCAACGUGGGUCAGAAGACGAUCGGGCCGAACACCUCGUUCCUGAGACUCGGCGGCGAUUCGAUCUCGGCCAUGCAGGUCGUGACCAAGUGCAGGAACGAAGGGGUCAUGGUCACGGUUCAGGACCUCCUGAAGGCCAAGACCAUCGCCGAGUUCUGCGAGCGGGCUGCGCUGUCGACUGGCCAGACCACGACGAGCAAGCUGGUGGAGGAGCCCGAGUCCGACACCCCCUUCGCUCUGUCUCCCAUCCAGAAGUGGUUCAUGACGCUCGCGCCGAAUGCGCCGAACCACUUCAACCAGAGCCACCUGCUUCGGUUCACCGAGGCCGUGGACUUUGGCAGGUUGCAGAGUGCUCUUCUCACAAUCGUUCAGCGACAUUCCAUGCUGCGCGCCCGGUUUGAGCAGGUUGGCGGCAACUGGCAGCAGUACAUCUCUUCUGAUGCCACCGGCUCACUUGAAUGCCGCGACUUCCGCUCUAUUUGGACAAUGCAGAAGGUCAUCGAGUAUGCCUCCGAAGCCCAGGCCAGUCUAGAUAUUACCAAAGGCCCACUCAUGGCUGCGGACUUGUACGAGAUGACUGACGGAACGGCCGUCCUGUUCAUCACUUGCCACCACAUGGUCAUCGACCUCGUCUCUUGGAGAAUCGUUCUCCAAGAACUCGAGGAGAUCCUCCGAACCGGUGGCCUGGCUUCGACUCAGAAGCCGCUUGGUUUCCAGACCUGGUGCAAGCUGCUGGAGGAGCGCACUAGCUCUGUGGUUGAUGAUGUGGAUGUUCCUGCUCAGGACUUUGACUUCUGGGGAAUUAGCAGCUCUGACAACGCGGCUGCUCAAGUUGUGGAACGAAGCUUCUCGCUCGACGAUCAGGCAACGGAGCUGCUUAUGGGCAGUGCCAAUGAGGCUUUCAACACUGAGCCUUUGGAUAUUCUCUUGACCGCCGUCGCCCACUCCUUCAACCAGGUUUUCCGUUCCGUGCGCAGCCCGGUCGCCAUCUUCAACGAAGGCCAUGGCCGCGAGCCGUGGAGGCCCGAUAUCGACAUUUCAUCCACAGUCGGCUGGUUUACUUCGAUGUGCCCCGUCCUUUUGUCGGACCACAAGGACGGCGUCCUUCGUUCCCUCAAGGAGGUGAAGGAUCUCCGCCGCCGGAUUCCCGAGAAGGGCCUGCCGUUUUUUACCUCGUUCGCCCAAAACGCUACCACCGGGGUCGAGAUCACCUUCAACUACUUUGGCCUCUUCCAGAAUUUUGAGCGGCAGGGUGCCCUGCUCAACCGUAUGAGCUGGGCCCCCUUCCACGCCCCACCCGACUCCGCUGCUGACGUGCCGCGCUUCUCUAUCUUCGAUGUCUCUGCUGGUAUCGAAAACGGCGUUCUGACGAUGAACUUUGGCUUCAACAACCGGAUCAAGCACCGGCACCUGGUGCAGCAGUGGGUCGAAGCGUGCUCGGAUACCCUAGCCGAUUUGAUCCAGGCAACGAGCCAGCAGAGGGAGUCUUCUCUUACCCUUGCCGAUUUGCCCCAUUUCAAGACGACUUAUGAUGAGCUUUCGACCCUCCUCGAGACCACUCUGCCGGCUGCAGGAGUGGCGGCUGCCAACGUUCAGGACAUUUAUGCCUGCUCCCCCAUGCAGACGGCACUCCUAGUCAGCCAGGCCAUGGACCCCACGCUCUACGCCGUCCGUUACGUCUGGGAGGUUGUUCCUAAGUCAUCCCAGCGCAUCUCGACGGACAAGCUCAUCGCGGCUUGGAAGACGACGGUCAAGCAGCACCCCAUGCUUCGCACCAUCUUUGUCCAAGCCAGUUCCUCCAUCGACGGCAAGACGAAGUCGGCUUACACGCAGGUGGUUCUCAAGGACACCGAACCCAGUGUUCUCAUCUGCGAAGAUGCAACUUCCUUCCCACUCGGUCGGCCGGAGCACCAUAUCUCCAACGGCCCACCGCACCACGUCGUCCUUUCCCAGCAGCCAUCUGGCAAGGUCAUGAUCCAGCUUGACAUCAGCCAUACCCUAAUCGAUGGCUCCUCCGUGAACGCUCUUCUCGACACCCUCGUCAGAGCCUACGACGGCGCCCCCAUCGCCACCACCCCGCAGGACGCCUACGGCAGCUACAUCAGCUUCCUCGGCCAACAAGACCUCGACUCCUCGCGCCAAUUCUGGAAGGCGUACCUCAGCGGCGCCGAACCGUGCCAGUUCCCCGCCCUGGCGACCGCACCCUCCGCUUCUCGAGCGCGCCAACUAGCCCACCUCGACUUCUCCUACCCCCACCCCGCGAAGCUGCACUCCCUCUGCGCCCAGGCCGAAACCACCGCCGCCAGCGUGUACAAGCUCGCCUGGGCCCUUGUCCUGCGCGUCUACACCGGUAACAACGCGCCGUGCUUUGGUUAUCUGGCGUCCGGUCGCGAUCUCCCCAUCGAGGGAAUUGCGGAGGCGGUCGGGCCAUUCAUCAACAUGCUAGUGUGCAUGGUGUCGUUGGAGGAGGAGGAGAGCGCUGUGGAGGCAGUGCUGAAGACGGCGCAUGCGGACUAUGCGAACUGCUUGUCGCAUCAGCUUUGCUCGCUGGCUGAGAUUCAGCGGGGGUUGGGACUAGGUGCGGGAGAGAGGUUGUUUAAUACCGUGCUGUCGGUGCAGAGGCUGGCGCCGCCGGGGACGAGUGAGUCGGCGGUGGAGUUCAAGGCGGUGCAUGUUGAGGAUCCGAGCGAGUUUGAUAUUGCCCUCAACGUUGGGGACUCGCCGGACUUUGUCGACGUCAACUUGACUUACAGCACCAGUGUUCUUUCGGCGCACCAGGCCAAGAGUCUUGCCUCAACAUUUGCGCUGGCCAUCGACAACGUCCUGGAGUCGAUCUCCAAACCGAUCAAGGCUGUCAGCCUUCUUACCCCUGAGGACCACCAGCAGAUCCUCGGCUGGAACAGCACUGUCAUCACCGCGGCCGUUCCGGCGCAGUGUGACCAGCUCAUUAGCCUUCAUCUCCCGACCAAGGGAGGCAUGCCCGCUGUUUCUGGCUGGGACUUGUCCCUCACUUACUCCGAGCUGGAUAAUCUUGCCAGCACCGUGGCACGCCAUCUCGUCUCGGAGUAUUCCGUUGGGCCCAACGCCAUCGUUCCUUUCUGCUUUGAGAAGAGCGCCUGGACGAUUGUGGUCAUGCUGGGCAUUAUGAAGUCUGGGGCUGCUUUUGUUCCUUUGGAUUCUAAGCACCCCAUCGACCGCUUAGUGAGCAUUGUCAAGCGAGUACAAGCACCCCUGAUUGUCUGCUCAGACCAGCAUGAGAACAUUGGUCUCGACAUCGGCGGCAACCUCACCAUUCCCUACCUCCUCAUCGGCUCGCGCAGCAUCAACACAAUCCAGGCAUCCAGCCGGGCCAGCCUCUCUCCGGUUGCCCGCCGGAGCCCCUCAGAUCUGGCGUACUGCUUGUUCACCAGCGGGAGCACUGGAGAACCAAAGGGUGUUCUCAUCCAACACGAGGCGCUGUGCAGCGGGGCAACCAUGCAUGGCAGAGCCUUCAACUACACCCCCCAGGCGCGCACCUUGCAGUUCGCCUCGUACGGCUUCGACGCCUCCAUCACUGAAAUCCUCACUACGCUCGUCAUGGGCGGCUGUGUCUGUGUCCCCUCCGAGGAGCAGCGCAUGGACAAGGACAAGCUGAUGGAUUUCGUCAAUGCCCAAAACGUCAACCACGCGCUCCUCACCCCUUCGGUCCUCGCACUCAUGGACCCGUCAAGAAUCCCAUCCAUCACUACCCUCCUCCUCGGCGGCGAGGCUGCCAGCUCCCAACUCAUCGACAAGUGGCGCGCCCCCACGCGGCGCGUGCUCAUCGCCUACGGCCCGACCGAGUGCACCGUCAUCUGCGCCGGCCACGACGUGACCGACCCCGCCACCCUCCGUCCUGGCAAGAGCUCCAUCGGUAACAGCGUGGGCAGCGUGGCCUGGAUCGGCGACGCCCACGACCACAACAAGCUCGUACCCAUCGGCGCCAUCGGUGAGCUCCUUGUUGAGGGCCCGAUUUUGGCUCGUGGGUACCUUGAUGACGAGGUCAAGACCAAGGCCGCGUUUGUUAAGCCGGCCUGGGCUGGUGGAUACCGCCGCAUGUACCGCAGCGGCGAUCUUGUUCGGUACCAGGAGGAUGGUACUAUGGAGUAUCUUGGCCGUCGGGAUAACCAGGUCAAGCUCCGUGGUCAGCGGCUGGAGUUGGGUGAGAUUGAGGAGCAUCUGAUCAAGCACGCCGAGGUCCAACAGGGCUCGGUUCUUCUCAUCAAGGAGGGUGUGUGCGCCAGCAAGCUUGUGGCUGUUCUGACGCUUAAGGCGUCGACUGGUUCCAAGGUCGCCGGCCGGUUGUCGCUGGCGUCUGACCCUGCCGAGGGUCUCGAUGUCUUGGCUGGUGACUAUGUCUCUUCCACCACCACCGCUGUUAGCCAGGAGCUCGCCGGUGUGCUGCCGUCCUUCAUGGUCCCUUCGUGCUGGAUCGUGGCCAGCCAGCUGCCGCUCAUGGCCUCCGGCAAGACGGACCGUCGCUUCCUUACCGGUUGCGUCAACAGCAUGACUCAGGACAUGUACCAGCUGUGCACUGGCAUGGGCUCAGACACUUCUGCCGCCGACAAGGAGGAGUUGACACCCGUCGAGAAAACCCUUCGCCAAGUCUGGAGCGCAGUCCUCAACGUCCAGGAGCAGUCCAUCAACCCCUCCGCCGGCUCGUUCGUUAAGAUGGGCGGUGACUCCAUCAGUGCUAUGGAGGUCGUCGCGCAGGCCCGCGGCAAGGGCAUUCCCCUUCUCAUCGAGCAGCUCCUGAAAGCCAAGUCCAUCAAGAAGCUGGCUGCUCAUUUUGAGAACCUGGAUCUGGCCACCAGUCAACCUUCAACAGCCGCGGAGACCUCCACCAUGACAGCAACCAGCAAUGUCCAGCAUAAAGAAGAGGAAGAAGACGACAACAUCACUAUGUUCGGUUUGUCCCCCAUCCAGCGCAUGUUUACCCGCCUCUCGCCUGGCGAAAACCACUUCAACCAGAGCUUCUUGCUCAAGGCCUCCACCGACAAAGAACGCCUCACCGAAGACCACGUGGGCCAAGCCCUGGAUGUCGUUGUCAAGCGCCACGCCAUGCUCAGGGCUCGCUUCCAAAAGCUUGGGCGUGCCUUCAAGCAGUGGAUCGAGCCCGUGGUGGAGGAUUCGUACAUCUUCCGCUCUUGGGAUCUGCCAGCCUCCAUUGUUGAGUUCUCGGCCGAGGCCGUUGAGCAAAUCCGCGAGACUCAGCAGUCGUUGGAUCUCGAGAAUGGCCCCGUGUUUGCCGGCGAUUUGCUGAACAUCGGUGAUGAGCAGUAUCUCUUCCUGACGGCUCAUCAUCUUGUCAUUGACCUCGUCUCAUGGCGUGUCGUGAUCAAGGACCUUGAGGAUUUCCUCGUCGAAGGAGCCAUCUCGGCUUAUCGCAGCAUGUCCUUCGAGAAGUGGUGUGGACUGCUCAACACGCACCGCAAGUCAUUGACCGGAACUGCGACGGUCCCCUUCGAGGUGGCCAACCCAGAUUACAAGUACUGGGGCAUGGCUGGCAAGCCCAACUACGCCAAGGACUUUGAGCAUCACCAAUUUGUGCUCUCUACCGCCACUUCAGAGUUGCUUCUUGGGCCUUGCAAUGACGCCCAGGGGACGGAGUCGCUUGACUUGUUCUUCGCCGCAGUGAUGCACUCCUUCGCAGCAACCUUCCAGGACCGGGAUAUCCCACCCAUUUAUAACGAGGGCCAUGGUCGCGAGCCGUGGGAUCCGUCCAUCGACCUCUCCCGGACUGUUGGAUGGUUUACCACCAUUGCUCCGGUUUGGGUCGACAGCCGCCGCUGCAACAAGGAUAUUUCGGAAUACGUCAAGCAAGUCAAGGAUGUCCGGCGCAACACCCCUUCUAAGGGCUUCUCACACUUCAGCUCCCUCGAUCUCGAGCGCAAGCCAUUCAGCAUUGAGGUGUCUUUCAAUUACUUCGGAUCCUUCCAGCAGCUGGAGCGCAAGGAUGCCCUUCUCAAGCAGGUACACUUCCGCAACAUCGAGAUCGAUUCAUUCGAGGUUAGCGAGAAGCACAAGAAGUUCUCGCUCAUUGACAUCAACGCCGAAUGCGAGAACAACCAGCUGGUCUUCACUUUCAGCUUCAACAAGACCAUGAGCCGCCGCGACGACGUCGAGCGCUGGAUUGGUAACUACCAGAAGAGUCUUGAGCACAUGGCCCGGGUCCUUGGGUCCCGCGACGCCGACUCUCUCAGCAUCAAUGAGUUCGAGGUUUCGGAGGGCCUAGGCCUGCAGCUCAGCCAAGACCCAGCCCUAAAGGCACUGGGGAUUACGGACCGCAACGUGGAGGACAUUUACCCCUGCACACCCUCACAGCAGGGCAUGUUGCUGAGCCAGAGCAAGGAUGCUGACAUGUACUGGUUCCGGUCAGUCUACGAGGUUGAGUCCAACACUAACACCCCCAUGACCCUCCACGAUUUUCGGCAGGCCUGGAAGGCCGUCGUCCGCCGCCACCCUGUACUGCGGACAAUCUUCGUUGAGCAGGAGUCGACCGAUGGUCUCUAUGAUCAGCUCGUCCUCAAAGACUACGAGCCGGACGUUAUUGAGGAUGAGAUCCGCGCUUCGAUGGGCGAGACUGACCUGGCCGAGAUCCUGAAGAUCAAAGAAAUCCCGGCGGACAUGCUCUGCCGCCGCGCACCUCAACACCAACUCCGUCUUGUGCGUCAAGCUGGCACUGGCAGAGUAUUCUGCAGCUUCCUCCUCAGCCACGCCAUCGCCGACGGCGGGUCCCAUGCCAUCAUGCUCCGAGACUUCAGCACCGCUUGCCAGGCCCGGCCCCUGGGCACCACGAAGCCCCUGCUCAAGAACUACACCGACUACAUCCAAUCCCGGGACACCGCUGCGGACAUCGACUUCUGGAAGACAUCGCUCAAAAGCGUCGACCCCUGCUUCCUACCUACCGACAACGAGUUGCCCGCGGAGAAGAUUCUCCACAAGGCCGAAGUGCCUGUGGAUCGGAUCAGCUACACCAAGCUGCAAAGCGCCGCCCGCAACCUCGGAGUCUCGUUAUUCAGCUUGCUGCAGGUCACCUGGGGGUUGACCCUCCGCGAAUAUGUCAACGCCGACCGCGACGAGGCCUGCUUUGGCAUUGUUACCUCGGGCCGCGAUCUCCCGGUCAAGGAGAUUGGCGACAUUGUUGGCCCAUUGGUCAACAUCCUGGUCUCAAGGGUUGCUCUGCCGCAGGAUCAGACUAUCGCGCAGAUUGCCGAGGCUGUUCACGACAAUUUCAUUGAUAGCCUUGCGCAUCAGACAUCCUCGCUCGCCGAGAUUACGCACGAGCUUGGCUUGGGUACUCUCUUCAACACAGGCAUGACCUUGCAGAAAGCCAUGCCUGGUGGUGAGGAUGCGUCGGCCGUGUCAUUCCGGCCUCUUGGUGGUCAGGAUCCGACUGAGUUUGACAUGGUUGUCCAAGCCCUUGACAAUGGCCAAGCUCUGAGGCUGCACAUGAGCUACUGGUGCGACAAGGUCUCCGACGACCGCGCCGGCAACAUGGCAGACACUUUCGCCUCCAUCCUAUCACAGAUUGUCCAGAACCCCGACAUCAAGCCUGUCGACCUCCAUAUGGCUUCCGACAAGGAUGUCCAGCAGCUCUGGAACUGGAAUGCAUCUCUCCCCGCAGCGCUGGACCUGCGCAUUGAGGAUAUGAUUUCUCAGCGCACGGCAGAGAACCCCUACCAGGAAGCACUCUGGUCUACUCAGGAUGUUCUGACCUAUGAGCAGCUCGAUCUCUUGUCAAGCAGAAUUUCCCAGGGCUUCCUUGCGGAUGUCGAGCGCGAGGAGGUCGUGCCGCUUUGCUUCGAGAAGUCCAUCUGGAUCGUCGUGGCUAUGCUUGCCGUUCUGAAGGCAGGGGCCACAGUCGUCCUCAUGGACCCUUCUCAUCCGCUCGAGCGCCUGCGAUCUAUUGCCAACACAGUCAAGGCGAAACGCAUUCUUGCUUCCCCUUCCCAGGCCGACAUGUGCCUUAACCGUCUUGGCCUCCCCACCGUGGCCAUCUCUAAGGACAUGUUUAACCGCCGAUCUGGCGUACCCGGUACCGCACCGAGGUCGUUCAUGACCAAGCGGGCAGUCAAGUCGAGCCGUGAUGCGGCUUACGUCGUCUUCACGAGCGGUUCCACUGGCACCCCCAAGGGCUCCGUUACCGAACACCGCUCCUUCUGCACCGCGAUGCAGGGUUAUCACCAGGCCAUUGGUCAGCUUCCCGGCGAGAGGGUGUUGCAGUUCGCUUCCUACAGCUUCGACGCCAGUUUCCUGGAGAUUCUUGGGUCUCUGAUGGUUGGUGCGACCGUCUGUGUUCCGACCGAAGAGGAGAGAUCCGACCAGCUCGUCUCUUUCAUCAACCGGUCCGCGACGACCUUCGCCGUCAUUACGCCCACCGCAAGGCUGUCUCCUGCUGCUACUGGGUGGUUCACCCCAAGAACCACAACCGCCUCGCCCGCAUCGGCAGCGUUGGCGAGCUCACUCAUUGAAGGGCCUAUUCUCGCCCGGCACUACCUCAAUGAGCCGGUCAAGACCAAGGAUGCCUUUAUCGCCAACCCCGAGUGGGCCACUCCGGGCCGUGCCACCCGACUUUACAAGACCGGAGACUUGGUCUCACAGAACGCCGAUGGUUCCUUCCAGUACGUCGGGCGCAAGGACACCCAGGCCAAGAUCCGCGGCCAGAGACUUGAGUUUGGCGACAUCGAACAAGCCUUCAGAGAAGUUGUUUCUGGCAUCGAGAAUGUUGUCGCCGAGAUUGCCCAAGAGGGCCACCUCGUCGUCUUCUUUUCUGCCAGGAACACCAACCUCGGCGAGUUUGACGUAUCUGCUAUUCAGGAGAAGUUGGGUCAGAAGAUCCCUGCUUACAUGGUGCCGUCGGUCAUCAUGCCCCUGGAGCAGAUUCCGCUCAUGCCUUCGGGCAAGGUGGAUCGCAAGAAGCUCAAGGCUCUCGGAGCCAACAUGCCCGCCCAACCGGAGAACAGGGCUGGUCGCCUCCCCACGACCGAGAUGGAAGUCGCCUUGGCAGCCCUCUGGAAGGAUGUCAUGAAAUCGGCCCCUGCCCGCAUCAUGGCCGACGACAGCUUCUUCCACAUUGGCGGCGACUCUUACACCGCCAUGAAACUGGUCACCGCGGCACGCGCGAAGGGUAUCUCCCUCAACGUCGCGGCGAUCAUGCAGACACCCAAGCUCUCCGACAUGGCUAAGAAGGCGACGAACACGGCCGGCGCUAACCUCACUCCUUUUGACGCCGAGGCCACUGCCCCAUUCAGCAUGGUUAAGUGGACCUCGGAAGUCGAGGAAGAGAUUAUUCGGCAAUGUGACGUCCCGGCCGACGCCAUCGAGGAUGUCUAUCCUUGCACGCCCCUACAGGAAGGCCUCUUUGUGCUUUCGGUGAGGCAAGCCGGCGCAUAUGUCGCCAGGCACUGCUACCAGCUCCCACGCAGCCUGGACCUCGCCCAGUACAACAGCGCAUGGAACACCGUUUAUGAAGCCAACGCCAUCCUGCGAACCCACAUCGUGCAACUGGAGAACGCGGGCGGCAAGAAGCGGGGAGGCCUCUACCAGGCCGUCAUCAACAAGCCCCUCGUGUGGCAACGUGCCAGCUCGCUCGACGAGUUUGCCGCAACCCGCCCAGUUUCCCUCGGCGGGCCCCUAGCCGAAUUCGCCAUUAUUGAGAACCCAUCCGCGCGGUACCUCGUGCUCACCAUGCACCACGCCGCCUACGACGCCGCCUCCCUUGGCAUGCUUCUCACCGACGUCGAGGCCGUCUACGCCGGCAACUCUCUCCCCUCCAAACCCGCCUUCCGCGAAUUCAUCCACCAACUCCAAGCCACCCCGCCCCAAGAAACCCUCAACUUCUGGGCAUCUUACCUCGAGGGCGCCCAACCCCCAACGUUCCCCACCAUCCCCUCCGGCCACGUCCCCUCGGCGACAUGCACCUUCGAAUCCGACCUCGCACUCCCCACCACGCCCAGCACCAAAGCCUUCACCACCGCGACCCUCAUCCGCGUGGCCUGGGCCCUCGUCCUCGCCCACCACGCCAACACCACUCCCGGCAACAGCGACAUCAUCUUCGGCGAGACCCUCAGCGGACGCAGCAACGACUCCGCCGCCGACAUGCAAGGCCCCAUGAUCACCACCCUGCCCAUCCGCUGCACACUCGACAACAACAACACCACCACCACCGAUAUCCUCUCGCGCAUGCAAUCCGCCCUGGUGGAGAUGAUCCCGCACCAGCACGCGGGCAUCCAAACCAUCCGUCUCGCGAGCCCCAGCGCGGCCGCGGCGUGCGGGUUUACCUGUUCGGUGACGAUCGCGCCGGAGGCGGUGGCGCCGGGGAGUGGGUCUGGGUUGGGGCUGGUGCCGGUGGAGUUGGGGGCCGCGCCGGUGAUGAGCUAUCCGUUGGCGGUGCAGUUUAUUUUGAUGGGGGGCAGAGGGUUGAAGGUGGGGGUUUAUUAUGAUGGGGCGUUGGUGGAUGGCGGGGAGGUAAGGGAGAUGGUGGCGCAGUUUGGGAGGGUUUUGGGGCAGUUGGGGGAGGGGGGGGAGAAGAUGGUGGGGGAGAUUGAGUUUGAUGUUGAUGGGAGUGUGGAUGUGGAUGUGGAUGUUGUGGGUGGUGGUGUUGGUGGUGGUUUUACGCCGGCUGGUGUUGAUGGUGGGAUGAUGGGCCGUGAUGUGUUGGGGGUGUUGAAUGAGGAGAUUGAGGACUUGUUGGACGAGAUCUCGUCGCAGGAGUUGAGCAAGCCGAGCACGGAGACGUCGGGCUCGGAGGUGAUGCUUGCUGUGAAUACGGGGAAUUUGGAGAGCGAGAUGAAGCAGCUGUGGGCGGAUAUCUUGGGGAUGCAGGUGGAUGAGAUUUCGGCGACCGACAAUUUCUUCCAUCUCGGCGGCGACUCCAUUGCCUCGAUGCGGCUUGCUACUGCUGCCGAGCGCAAGCAGAUCAAGGUCAACGUCUCCGACAUCUUCCAGCACCCGACCCUGGAGGAACUUUGCGAGUUCGCAGCGCAGGCUCACCCCAACGUUACCGCUCAGGAUGACACUAUUGUCCCCGAGCCGGUAUUCCAGGAUGAGUACCAAGCGUUUGGGGUGAUCGAUUACCUUGGAUUGGAACAGGAGGAGGUGGUGGAGACCGUUUGCAGACAGCUCUCCGUCUUCCCUGGAGACGUCGAGGACAUCUACCCGGCAACCGACUACCAAGCUUGGGCUAUUAGCCACGGCCUGAUGAGGAGCAGAGGCAACACCAACUACUUCCUCUUCCGGCUCCAUGGCAACCUCGACACUUUCCGUCUGGAGCAGGCCUGCAGAAAGAUGGUUGCGGCCAACCCCAUCCUUCGCACCCUCUUCACGACAAUGCGCGGCCAGGUCAUGCAGGUUGUGCUGCGCUCUUACCAGAUCGAGUUCCUACGCUACGGCAGCGAGCACUCGGCGGACGACAACUUCAUCAACUGGCUCGUGGAGCAGGACACCCAGCGGUCGGCUUACCUCUCGCAGUCGAUCGUCCGCUUCAAGCUGGUUCUGCACGCCGAUGGCCACUACGUCCUCAUCAUGCGCAUGUCCCAUGCCCAAUACGACGGCAUGUGCAUGCCGCUACUCAUCCAGGACCUCGAGAAGUGCUACAACGGACAGGACCCCAUGCAACGCCCUUCCUUUGGCAAGUUCAUUCAGGGCGCCGCAGUUAGAGAGGAACAGGCCGUCAACUUCUGGGGUAACUUGCUUGAAGGCGCGUCCAUGACCGAGAUCGUCGAGCACUCCGGUCCAUCCCACAAACACAACGUGGACACGAUCCGGACCCGGACGAUCGCUCCGAUCCCGGUCAACGUGGCGGGCAUGUCUCAGGCAACACUCGUCAAGGCCGCUUGGGCACUCGUGCUCGCCAAAAUGUCUGGCCAACGGGACAUUGUGUUCGGAAAUCUCAUCUUUGGCCGGAACAUGCCCGUUUCUGGCAUCGAAGACAUCGCCGGCCCUUGCAUCAACAUUAUCCCGGUGCGGGUUGGUGUCAACGCCAUGGACAGCAUCCACGACCUUCUCGCACUAGUGCAAGAGCAACAAAUGGCUGCGAUGCCACACGAAGGCCUCGGCUUCCGUCGCCUGGUCAAGAACUGCACCGACUGGCCGGACUGGACCCGAUUCAGCUCCGUUGUCCAACACCAGCAGCUUGGCCGCGAUGGCACGGAGGGUCAAGAGUUCAAGCUGUCCGAUAACUUGAAGUGUGAGAUGGGCGUGCUCGGCCCUGCCUACGACUCUUCGGAUCUCUGGGUUCAGACCACGCCGCACAAGGACUCAUUCAAGGUCGAGAUCGGUUCCUGCAGCUCAGCUUGUUCCAAGCCUGCCGUGGCCGAGAUGCUUCUCGACAAGCUCUGCGCGACUCUCAGCAUCUUCGCGUCGAUCUCAGCCGGUAGCAGCCCCCACCUAUGGGAGCUCCUGGCCCGUGACGGCGCCCCCUUGAUCCCUAUCAAGUCCUCGAUCGUCGAACAGGUGUGGGGCAAGGUCCUUCCCGACGCUGACGCCAUUCCUUGGGACACACCAUACUUCGACAUCUGGGGUGACGAGAUUGCCCCCGCGCGCUUCCUCGAGGAAUACGCCGAGCACGGCCUGCACUUCGACAUGGAAGACAUCCUCGAGAACCCCACCAAGCAAGCGCAGAUGAUGCUCACCUCGCGGCACCAAUCCGACAAGAACCGCGGCCGCAGCCCACGCCCGGCACCCGCGCCCAUCCCAACCCGACCGCGCGCCGCCACCCAAGAGACACUCCAAAGCGCGACUGCCACCACCAACGCGCGCGGCUUCUGGAUCCUCGACAACAGCUCCAAAAAGACCAGCCGCGCCAGCAGCAGCCAGCGUAGCCCCGUCCCCGGCUCGCCCAUGGUCUCCUCUCCACUAGUCGCCUCGCCACGCAUAAUGGGCACGCUCCCACCGCGACGCAAAAACACCAUGGGCUUCGCCCCGCCCAGCCGGCGCACCACGGCCCCUUACCCCACGGCCUACACGCCCACGACCGCCAACUCCAACUACAGCCUGAGCAGCUCCACGGCGUCCUCCACAGCGGGCGGGCCCGUGUCCACUCAAAAACACGCACAGGGGCCCGGGGCGGGGCAGGGGGUGAUGGGCCAGACCUGGGCGGACCGCAACAAGUCGUAUGCGAGCAUCAGCCCGCCGCCGACGCCGGGUUCGAGUGCCGGGUCGGUAGGGUCCGCGAGCAGCCCGCGCAGCAGCGCGCUGCGGCCGUUUAAGUUGCCCGAGUUUGCGCAGGCCGCGGCGACGGCGGGUGGUGCCGAGGCGGAGAGGCCAAGGUUGAGGAGGAAGAAGGUGAAUUCGUUUCCGGUGGGGUUUGGGCAGGGGAGGUGGUGA